AUGGCUUGCAUUACUGCCGGUCUGGGGAUGAUGCCACUUCGAGGGGCUUCGGCUCCUGCAGUGUCAUCCGCACGGAUCAGAGUAGCAGAGGAAACUGGAGCAAAUGCUGUUUCUGUAGCAGUCGGGCGCCGAAAGCCCCAAGACAUACUCUCUAAAGAAUCCUUCAUAAACGCGAUCACAGUGCUACAGGCCAUUGGUGGGUCAACAAACGCCGUAGUACACUUACUCGCCAUUGCGAACCGGCAUCCCCAAGUGAGUGGCGUAAUAACGCUCCAGACCUUCGAGGAGAUUGGCCGGGAAACGCCCUUACUGAUUGACCUCAAGCCGAGUGGGGACAAUUACAUGAAUGACUUCCACAAUGCCGGUGGCAUGCUGGCUUUGUUGCAUACCCUGCGUCCGCUGCUUGAGCUUUCAGCCAUGACCAUCAGUGGCCAGACCUUGGGUGAGGUCUUGGAUGCUUCUACCUUCCGCACCUUUCCACUCUCGACACAAAUCAUUAGACCCCUUUCGGAUCCUCUCUACCCAAACUCUUCCCUUGUUGUCCUUCACGGGAACCUUGCCCCGGAUGGCGCCAUCAUGAAGGCUUCGGCAUCCAAGGAUCGCAGGCUACUGUCUCAUACGGGGCCAGCGGUCGUUUUUGAAAACUCAGCCGACUUAGCGAGAAGGAUCGACGAUCCAGAACUUCCCGUUACCGCGGACUCAGUUCUUGUUCUCCAAGGGAUAGGCCCCAUUGGUAACCCCGGUAUGCCCGAAGCAGGCCUGAUCCCAAUACCACGCAAGCUUGCUUCGGCAGGCGUGAAAGACAUGCUGCGUCUUUCGGACGGUCGAAUGUCUGGGACAGCUGGAGGCACAAUUAUUCUUCACAUUUCUCCGGAAUCCGCACUGCCCGAAUCGCCGUUCGGGGUGGUGCGGACCGGUGACCUAAUCACCUGCGACGUUGAGCAGCGCAUUCUGCGAGUGGAAAUAUCAGACGAGGAGUUGACGGCGCGUCUUGUCGAGCGAAAAUGGCGAGCCUUGGAGAGCAAAACCACUGGCGGACGGCAAGGAAGAAAAAGAGGCUACCUUGGCCUGUACGAACGCAGCGUCAACCAAGCGCAACACGGGGCAGACUUUGAUUUUCUUGCGGCCAAUGAGUAG